AUGGAUUCGACGGAGCUGAUAUCGAUUGGGAGUACCCCGGUGAGCCGUCUUCCGACACGGCAUUUCCGCAUCCAGCUACUAAUCAUCUCCCGUGUCCCAGGUGCCCCAGAUAGAGGCGGUAAAGAGCACGUCGAUAUUGAAAAUUUUGUGCUGCUUUUCCGGACCAUACGCCAGACAUUUGAUGCCUCGGGGCACAAGUACGGCCUUACUUUUACGAUUCCAAGCUCUGUGCCAGGCUGUCCCUUCUCGGGCGACGCGGACGCGGGUGAGUACACAAAAAACCCGGGUAGUCUGGCGUACUUCGAGAUCAUGGACAUCAUCAAGAAGCAAGACCCUCAGAUUACACAUGAUGAGGAAACUGCGGUAAAAUAUUUCCGAUACGGUAGACUUGGCGGACUCAUGAUAUGGAGUGUGGACCAAGACGACAACGACUUCUCCGCGUUGUCAGGUCUCCUCGGAAGGGACAUUCCAUAUACUGGUGGCCUAAGCGCUGAGCCGGUAACGGAGAAAGGCAACUGGGCGAGUCACAGUUAUGAAAUGUGCAAACUCACCGACUGUUUGAAGGACGGUCAAGUCGGGAUCUGGGGUCCUCGUUGGAAGAUUGCCCCCGGCGGUGGUGCCUUCAAAGACGGCUGUGGUAAGGAUAAGAAUAAAUACGUGAGUGGAACCGACUGUUGCGCACCCGUGCCCCGCCCAACCCCGGCCUAG